AUGAGUGGAUUAGAUUUUUUUUUAAAAUAUGAGAAUGACCAAAGAGAUUAAAAAACCAUCUAAUAGCAAGGAUAAGCUGUUAAUUAUUUUGCAGAUAGAAAUAUGAAAGCGUUUGAUCCAUACCUAAAAUAAUAAAUUAGUAAAAUGAAUUUAGAUAAGCUAUCUGAAAAGAAAAAGCCAAAGAUCAAUAUCAAAAAAGUAGAAUUUGAAGAUGGCAGAUAUAUAGAGUAUAGAGAAAUUGAUAAUGAAGGAAAAGGAUAUGAACUACCUAAUAAGACAAUUAUAUUUGUUGCUGGAGUUCCUGGAGGCAUUAACUAUUUCAAUAAAAUCGAAAAAUCAUUAGGAACUAGCUUUUGUCGUGUUAUAAAUCUCUACUUACCAGGUUUUGAUAGAAAAGAUGAAAGAAGAGGAACAUAUUAAGGUAGUUUAGACCAGCUAAUUUAAUUGAUAGAAGAUUUUAUGAAAAAGAUAAAUCUUGAAAAAGCAAUUUUCGCUUUGCAUUCUUUUGGAGGCCUAGCUGUAAAAAGCUUUGCUUAUGAAAAGCCUCAUAGAGUGGAGGCAUUAAUUUAAAUUGCAUCUAUUCCAAUCACAAAAUGGCAAGGCUAUAAGCUAUACGAAUAAAUAGAGAAGUAAGUAUACUAAUUAGACUUUGAGUAAAUAAAAUUUGAGAUGCUGCAGUAGGAAGAAUUGAGAAGCAAACUAAGUGAGACUAUUAAUACAUUUUAAAAGUAAUUAUAAGAUUUACCUAAAGACUAAUAAAAAUAAUUUGCAGUUUUAAUGACGUUAAGUAUGUAUGACGUAAUUAGCAUGCUUAAAAUUAGAAUAAGCUUACCUGGUAAAUUGAAUGAACUGCUUCAUAGAAUGAGAUAAAUUAGCAAAAAAAUACCUAGAAUGAUAGCAUACUCUCCAAAAGAUGACUUGAUUUCACCAUAAUUGGUAGAAGAAGAAAUAUAUGAGUUUAUUGUUGGAGAAAACGCUACUUAGUAUUAAAUUCUAGAAUAAGUGAAUGAAUUACCUUAAUUGGAUAAGAACAAUUUUUGUUCAAAUUACAUUUUUAGGUUUGAUGACGCUUCUCAUAUGGUUUAAUAAGAAAAAGGUUUAGAAUUAGGUAUCUUAAUGAAGCAUUUUAUCAAAUAAUUAGAUAAAACAUAGGUAAUUAAUAACUAGACAAAAAUUUGA